GGCCGUGCGGGACAUGGCGGGCCCCGCGUACCCUACUUGGGUCACCCGCUGGCUGAGCGGCCAGUGGCGCCAGAGGAAGCGGCCCCCGGCCAUCCGCCCGCCCCGCCCGCUGGCGCUCGCCGACAAGGUGGCGAACCGCAGGGAGCAGGGGGGAGAGGCGACGUGCAUUACAGAGAUGUCAGUAAUGAUGGCCUGCUGGAAGCAGAAUGACUUCAACGACGCCGCUUGUGCCGAGGAGAUACGGAUGUUCUAUGACUGUGUGGCAAAAGCAGAAAAACAGCACAUGAAUCAAAAUGAGGACUCUGUGUCAUCCAGGGGAAACUUACCUUCAAGCAAAGUGAACAAGCUCCUGAGGAGGUUUCCUCAGAUCAGACAUUAUCCAUAAUGUGCUUUACUAAAGGGACUGUGGACAAGCAAUUAAAGUUGGAGUCUUUGGCAAAAAAGAGAAAAGUCAA